UGUCUCUGCCCCCCCCCGGGAGGCCUCGCCAUGGGCCUCCUCCGCUCCUCCGCCGCCCUGCACAUCUGCGCCGUCCUCCCCUGGCUUCUCCUCCCGCCGCACGGGCUCGGGCAGCCGCCCCCGGGCGGCCUCGACAUGUGGAUCGAUGCUCAGCAAGCCCGGAGCCUCAUAGGAUUUGAGGAAAACAUCCUGAUCGUUUCAGAGGGGAAAAUGGCCCCAUUCACUCACGAUUUCAGAAAAGCCCAGCAGAGGAUGCCCGCUAUUCCUGUUAAUAUCCAGUCCAUGAAUUUUACCUGGCAAGCCACGGGACAGGCUGAGUAUUUUUAUGAGUUCCUGUCCUUACGCUCACUGGAUAAAGCCAUUAUGGGUAAUCCAACUGUAAAUAUACCUCUGCUUGGAUCAGUUCCUCACCAGGCAUCAGUUGUUCAAGUUGGAUUUCCAUGCCUUGGAAAACAAGAUGGAGUGGCAGCCUUUGAAGUUACUGUAAUUGUCAUGAAUUCUGAAGGCAACAUUAUCCUCCAAACCCCUCAGAACGCCAUAUUCUUCAAAACAUGUCAACAAGCUGAAUGCCCAGGAGGGUGUAGGAACGGCGGCUCUUGUAACGAGAGACGUGUCUGUGAUUGUCCCGACGGAUUCUACGGGCCACACUGUGAGAAAGCUCUGUGCCUGCCUCAGUGUCUGAAUGGAGGAUUGUGCGUGACUCCUGGUCUGUGCCUCUGCCCUCCCGGAUUCUACGGCGCCAACUGUGACAAAGCAAACUGCACAACGACCUGCUUUAACGGAGGAAUUUGCUUCUACCUUGGCAAGUGUGCAUGCCCUCCAGGGCUUGAGGGAAGCCAGUGUGAGAUCAGCAAAUGCCAUCAACCCUGUAGAAAUGGAGGUAAAUGUACAGGGAAAAAUAAAUGUAAGUGCUCCAAAGGUUACCAAGGAGAUCUCUGUUCAAAACCCAUCUGUGAGCCAGGCUGUGGAGCCCAUGGAACCUGCAUGGAGCCCAACAAAUGCCAGUGUAAAGAAGGCUGGCAUGGAAGACGUUGCAACAAAAGGUACGGAGCCCACCUCCUUCAAGCCCUGCGGCCAGUGAGCCCCAGACUCAGAUCCCACCCACCUCCGCCGAAAAAGGCCGAAGAGAAGCAGGUUCCUCCCGAAUCCAACUAUGUCUGGUGAUCUCUGACUUCCAAAACGAUCUCCAUUACACCACCUUCUUAGCCUACGGUAACCUUUCGAGUGUGGCGUGUUAAAAUUCCGUUCAUUGCAGUUGACGGUACUGGCCUGAAUUUUAUUAACCUUCCAUUUUGAAUCAUCGAGUUGAUAUUUACGCUUCCUUUUUUAAGUUUUCUAGUUCUUCUGUAGCAGGAUGAUAGAGGCUUUCUUUCGGGGGGCGCUUUUGGACGGCUUUUGGCCCGUGGUUUCAGCGGAGUGAGUUAAAAACCUUUGCUUUUUUGAUCUGGCCGCGGACCAUGUCAGCAAAGAACAACGCAUCGAUAGCUCAGAGCUUCAGAGAGAGUGAGUUGGACCAAAAAUGUCAAUCCCAGCUAGUGUAUGAUUUACAAGACUCAAGUUUGGGACUCUUUCAUGUAUUCUUGCCAUCACAUAUUUAGAUCUUUAUUUUGGGGUUUUUGUUUUUCAAACACUUCCUAUUUAAAAAAAAAUCAAUAUACAAUAUCUUGAUCACGUGACUCCAGAGAACUGGGUAUUAAGACUACAUUGUCGGAGUGUCAUUUAAACAAUAUAAUAUAUUGUAAACGAUAAAGUAGAACUCUAAUGUAGGAUCGUUUCACAUUGGCUGGAGGCAAUAUAAUAUAUUGUAAACAA